UCCCCCGGCAACAAAAAUCCUGGCUAUGCGCUUGGCUGGAUACCCAAGUUUAGGAAACACUAUUGUAGACCAAGCAGUUUUUUGUUUCAAUUAUUAUGCAACACUGUCAUUGGGUCUGCGUUUACAAUCCAUAGUUCAAGUUAAAAUUCCUGUUCAAUCCACAGGCAUGUGUGGAGGAAACAAGCCUACUCUUAUCAUGAUGAUUUUUAAUGCAUAGAAUAAAUUAGGCCAUAAUAAUUAUCUGUUGCAGUUCAUUAUUUUUUUUGCUUUAAUGUCUUAUUGUUUUGGACCCAGUAUUACAUAUUGGGAAUUAAGAUUGUGACAGGACGUCAUUGAUGGGGGCUUGACUCCAUCUUCAAAUCCAACAUGGUUCUAGAGUAGCUCUUAGAUAGCUGCUACUGUAUUAUGUGACAUUGAUAAAUAACUGCAGUUACGUAUGACACCCAUACUGUCAUCACUUUCCCCCCCAAUGAUGAGGAAUUAAAGUGGCGAGCCUUCAGGCCACAUCUGACAUACAAAGCUUUCUGUGGUCCACCAGCCCUAUGCCAAAAUCAGGCAACAAAACUGGGUGCCUUUUCUCUUCCUACUAUCUACUUCUUUCCUUUCAAAGGCAUCUUUUCUCAUUCUGUUGUGGUGCCAUUGCUAAAAUGUCUUAACACUGAGAAAACAAGAUGGGAAGGAAUCCUGAGCCUUGCUCCUCUGUUGAUUGGCUGAAGGGUGGGGUGUAUGUCUGAAUGUGUUUGCCUGCCUCUCUGAGGAUGCGGUCUGUAUGCACAGUGAGUGUGUGUGCAUACACAUAUUGUCUGAGGCAGUAUGCUGGGAAUCACAAGUGGGAGAGUACUAUUGCCUCUUGUUCUGCUUGUAGGCUUCCUAUAGACUUCUGAUUGGCCACUGUGAGAAGAGGAUGAGAUAGGUCUUUUGACAGAUCCAGCAUGACUAUUCUUGCGUUCUUAGUGAGUGUGCAUUUUGCAAUGCCCGUCACUGUCACAUAGCUCUCAGAAGGUCAGUCAACCCUUUGGGCAGUCCUCUGGCCAAAAAAGGUUAGGUACCCCUGUUACAAGAAUUUGUAUUGUCUUUCUUUACCAAAAGUAGUUGCUUACCCCAUUACAUUGUCUUGGGCCCUAUGUCUAGACUAGCCCACUAGGCUGUGUGGGAUAUACUCUUUGGAUCAGAAUGGAAAGCCUUUCAGAGGACUGUUUGGGUGAAGGGAAAGUACUUUCCUAGUCCAUCUCAAUUUGGUAGAUCCAGUGAAUGGCACCCACACUUGAUAUUUCCUUCCAUGUAAUGGCUUUGAAAGCCUUUGAUUACAUGGCCAUUAGGGAUUGUCACAAUUGAGUGCUUUCCUAUUCUGUAAUUACUUAUUUAUUUUAGAUAAUUUAUUGUAUCAUAUACUGUAUUGUAAUUUUUUUAAACUGAUCUACAAAAAAAAUGCAUUUUUGCUGUUUCCUAAAAUAGAAGGUAGAAUCAUAAAAUUUACCGUUGACCGAAUGGGUCAUGUAGUCCAAUCCCCUGCAAUGCAUGGUAGACAAGGCUAGGAUUUUACUUUUAUUUCUAAAAAGUUUUGCCCUGCCUUUGAGGCCCCCAAGGCAGAUUGUCAAUUUGCGAGCACCUCAAAAAGUCUGGGUGCCAUUUUUUGCGUCUGGGUAACACUCAGGGUUUACUGAAAUGUAUGUGCUUUGAAGCCUCAAAGUAUAUGUUAAGGAUAGACAAUAUGUUAAGGAGUUUAACAAUAAAGAGUAGACUAUUUUGAAAACUGAAGUACAGUACCAGUAUUUUUAUUGUAAAUACCAAAUUAAACAUGUAUUAACAAUUUCUUCUAAAAAUGUGAUAUUAACAAUGUGUCACUUAUGUGAAUUGUGUAUUAGUUCAUGCUUAUCAAAAUAAUAAAUAAAGUGUUGCCACACACACACACACCCCAUGGUGACUAGACAUUCUGUUUUGGCGCCCACAACCCAGGUCCCAGAAGCCAUUUGGCUCCUAUCUUUUCUAUCCCAGUUUCUAACACUGAUUCGUUGUGCUAUCUCAGCUCACUUUUAAGAGGCUAGAAAAGGCCUUCAGUGUUCCUCUCCCUGUGAGGAGGGGCUGUGAGGAUUGCAUUUCUCAAUGUUAAAUGGCUAAGAGAGGUUGCUACUAAAAUGCAUAAAAUAUUAUGCAAGAUUGAUACUUGAAUUCUAAAAUAGACGAGGGACUGAACUACAUGUGGACACAAUUUAUAGAAAACCCCAUUUAUAAAUUGCUCUGAGAGGAGGAAAAUAUCUCUGAGAGGAAAUUCUUAACUUCCCCUUCCACAGGCUAAACCACUCACCAUGACAUUUUUUUUCUACCUGUAGAGUUGCAAACAUAUGUGUGUCUCAAAGCAUCCAACAGACUUCUGUUACAAGUACAUAGAAAUAAUAUGUUGUUCUGCCCUAAAACCUGCAACCCUUCUCAAUCUGUUGUGAUGUAGUAGAACAUUCUAACAGCUCUGGGAAAGAGCUCAACAAUAGCUUUUUAAUAAUUACUAAAGCUUAUAUGGACAAAGUGAAAAGACACUCUGGGGGGCAAAGCUUUGAUGGGAAUUGCUGUAUGCUCUUAGCAGGAAGUGAUUUUGCAGCCAACGUUGCUUUGGAGACUGAGAGAAUAUUGGGCAGAGAAGCCAGAGUGUGUGUUUGUGUGUGUGUUUCAAACAGGUAUGUGAGAUUUGACAAAUCAUUUGGCUGUAAGUCUCUGGCAUAAUUAUACAAAAGCAGAAAUAAAUAUUUUGUACUGUAUAUGGAAGUACCUUUUGCUAUAAAAUGUAAUGCAUCCCAUAUUACAUUAACUAGCUAAAAGGAGUGAUCAAGAGCUGAAGGAUGAAGAGAUGGAGCUGUUUACAAAAUACUACCUGGAAUGGAAAGGAGGGAGGAAAACUGCCAGUACAUCCUAUAUGAGCAUACCACGAUUUUAUUAUAGGCUGCCAGCAGAAGAUGAAAUUUUAUUACAGAAACUAAGAGAAGAAUCCAGAGCAGUCUUUUUGCAGAGAAAAAGCAGAGAACUACUAGAUAACGAAGAACUGCAAAAUUUGUGGUUUCUGCUGGACAAACAUCAGACAUCACCCAUGAUGGGAGAUGAAGCAAUGAUCAACUAUGAAAGCUUCCUGAAAGUUGGUGAGAAAGCUGGAUCCAAGUGCAAGCAGUUCUUCACAGCUAAAGUCUUUGCUAAGUUGCUUCACAACGAUCCGUAUGGAAGGAUAUCUAUCAUGCAGUUUUUCAAUUAUGUGAUGAGGAAAGUGUGGCUAUACCAAACGAGAAUAGGUCUCAGUUUAUACGAUGUUGCUGGACAAGGUUACCUCAGGGAAUCGGAUUUAGAAAAUUAUAUUCUGGAACUAAUCCCCACAUUACCACAGUUGGAUGGUUUAGAGAAAUCAUUUUACUCAUUCUAUGUCUGCACCGCAGUCAGGAAAUUCUUCUUCUUUUUAGAUCCUCUCCGAACAGGGAAGAUAAAAAUACAAGAUAUUUUAGCCUGCAGUUUCCUUGAUGACCUUUUAGAGUUACGGGAUGAAGACCUUUCUAAAGAAAGUCAAGAAACCAAUUGGUUUUCUGCUCCUUCUGCAUUGAGGGUUUAUGGACAGUACUUAAAUCUUGACAAAGACCACAAUGGGAUGCUUAGCAAGGAGGAGCUAUCUCGAUAUGGAACAGGGACUCUGACCAACGUAUUUUUGGACCGUGUCUUCCAAGAGUGUCUGACCUAUGAUGGAGAAAUGGACUAUAAGACGUACCUGGACUUUGUACUUGCAUUAGAAAACAGAAAGGAACCUGCAGCUCUGCAGUAUAUUUUCAAGCUGCUUGAUAUAGAGAACAAAGGAUACCUGAAUGUCUUUUCCCUUAAUUAUUUCUUUAGGGCUAUUCAAGAACAGAUGAAAAUUCAUGGGCAAGAACCAGUUUCUUUUCAAGAUGUCAAGGAUGAAAUAUUUGACAUGGUGAAGCCCAAGGAUCCUUACAAAAUCUCUCUUCAGGACUUAAUCAACAGUAGUCAAGGCGACACUGUCACUAGCAUUUUAAUUGAUCUUAAUGGCUUCUGGACCUAUGAGAACAGAGAGGUUCUUGUAGCAACUGACAAUGACAACACAACAGAUCUUGAUGAUACAUGAUUUAACUGGAAUAGUCUGUAUCCAUGGAGAUCUGCCCAACUGAUACAGUGACCAUUUAAAGCUGAAUAAUGUAUUCAUUACCCAAAUAAAUGAAGCUUCCAUGUAGCUCCAGAUGGGCAAGUUUUGUAUAAGGCUUGUGAGAUGGAUCUUCUCUGUAGCAAAAAAGGAAAAGAGUACUGCUGUUUGUUGAAAAUGUAAUUAAACGUUUACAGACGUUUCUGGUAGAUUAAGUUUAUUGAAAUUAUUCCUAAACCUACAAGCCACCUUCCAGUUUAGACAAAUUAUACCUGUUGGUAUAAUUUGGUCUUGAAUGCUCUUUUUGGUUUUGUACUGGGUGCAUUGGCAUUGCAAAAACAAAUCAUGUGCAAGAAAGAAACAAAUCUCUGGGUCAUUUAUAUCUGAAAUAUCAGAUAUGUAGAACUGUAGUUACAAAUGUGCAGCUCAAUUCUUUAAAAACUACUAUGGAAGUAAAUACCUGGUCAAAUGGAUAAUAGUGAAACCUCCCUCUAAAACAUCACAAACCUUGAUCUGUUAUAACAAGCAGUUAGUGUAAAUGCUCAAUGAUGGUGUUAAUUGUUCUAAGUGUUGCAAGUGCACAAAUACAGGGUUUCAAAAGUCAUGGGUGUGUCUCAAAACAUGUGACUAUCCUGUCAAAACAUACCUCUGAUUUCUUAAUUGCAUGCAGCCCUCCAAGGCCUUAUCCAGGCGUAACUUCUGUGGAACUCAAUGGAACUUACUUCUAAGUAGACACAGGAUUACAGGCUUAGUAGGGUGAAUGUAUAGGCUUACUAGAAUCCCAGGACCUACUGCUGGGUAUUUUAAUGGCACCUGUUCCUGCUGCAUUCAUACAAAAGGUUUGCUAGUCCUAUAAUAACAACUCUGAACCCAACUGAUUUAAAAUUAUAUUAAAUAUAAAAUUUAAUGCAUUUACAAGAAAAAGUACCCACUUUCAUACCAUUUGCAUAUACUGAAAGAAAUAGUAAAGGUAAGGCACAAUGACUAGAAGAACCUCAUGACAAUAAGCCCUUCCUAUUAUAAAAAGCAAUAACAUUUUUGGUGAGAAGUAAUUAUACAGCUGGGCACUCAAAAGGCUUAAUAAUUUACUGUGAUGCCCUGAAUAGAUACUUAAUAUAGGCUUCACAUAGUUUACAACUGGCAUUUGGAAUCUGAAUGA